AUGAGCGACCGAGCGGUUCCAGCGGUAGAGGAGGAGGUCGACUACGAGGGUCUCGGUGACAAUGUUCCACUCCACAUCAACAUGAUCGCGGGCUCCCUGGCAGGUAUCAGCGAGCACGCUGCCAUGUAUCCUGUCGACGUGAUUCGAACACGAAUGCAGGUUCUCUCAGCGACGCCUGCCGCCACCUACACGGGCGUGAUACAGGCGUUCAACCGGAUCAGCAGCGUCGAAGGUAUGCGCACGCUUUGGCGUGGUGUAGCAAGCGUCAUCAUGGGAGCAGGCCCAGCGCACGCCGUCUACUUUGGCACAUACGAGACCGUCAAGGAAGCAACAGGCGGGAAUCGGGAAGGUCAUCAAUUCGCCAGCACAGCCUUCGCGGGCGCUUCCGCCACCAUCGCCGCCGACGCCUUCAUGAACCCGUUCGACGUCAUCAAGCAACGCAUGCAGAUGCACGGCUCACAACAUCGUACCGUAAUGCAGUGCGCAUCCACCGUGUACAAGCAGGAGGGUCUGCGUGCGUUCUACGUCUCGUACCCGACCACGCUCACCAUGACGGUUCCCUUCACAGCGGUGCAGUUCUCCGUGUACGAGUGGGCCAAGAAGGUGCUCAACCCUUCCGAGACCUAUUCACCCAUGACGCACGUUUCCGCAGGUGCCUUCUCCGGAGCCGUAGCAGCCGCCGUCACCAACCCGCUCGAUGUGGCAAAGACGCUCUUGCAGACACGAGGUAGCAGCACCGACGCGCAGAUUCGAAACGCUUCCGGCAUGUUUGAGGCGUUCAAGAUCAUCAACGCACGCGAAGGGCUCAAGGGUUUCGCACGUGGACUCUCGCCACGAGUGUUGACGUUUAUGCCGUCGAACGCGCUGUGCUGGUUGUCGUACGAAGGGUUCCGAUUCUUCCUCAACGAGCAGGCCAAGGCUUCGGUCUGA